AUGGCCAAAACCCCAAAGACGAAAUCAAAGCAAUCUUCACCUCCUCACAAGAACUCCAAGCAACAAAGCCCACACUAUUGUUCCCCUACACCUACCCCAACCACUCCAAUCCCUGCAACCCCUCGCCGCCGCUCUCCCCGCCUCAUCUCCUCCCAUUUUCCACCACUACUUAGAUCUUCACUCCCAAAAUCCCUUCACUUUAAUUCCGAAACCUCCCAAAAAUUAGUUACUUAUAACCCGAAAUCCACCCAGAAUGCCAAUGCAUCGAAACGAAAAUCGGGCAUUGAUCCAAUCGAUGGUUCAUUGGCACCCGUAUCACCGGAUCAUUACGAGGCCAAAAAAAGAAAGAAAUUUAAUGAAAACAAAGUGAACAUCGACAAAACUAGGGUUUUGAAGAGUUCUGGGGGAUCAAAGAAAAGAGUGUAUUAUAAGAACGUGGAAUAUGAUGGGGGUGAGUUUUCGGUGGGGGACGAUGUGUAUGUGAAGAGAAGAGAGGAUGCAAGCUCAGAUGAGGAAGACCCAGAAGUGGAGGAGUGUAGGGUUUGUCUCAAGACUGGCAAGGCUGUGAUGAUUGAAUGUGACGAUUGUUUGGGUGGGUUUCAUUUGAAAUGCUUAAAGCCACCACUAAAAGAGGUCCCAGAAGGAGAUUGGAUUUGUGAUUAUUGUGAGGCAAAAAAAUUGAGGAAAAAGGUUGAAGUACCUCAGCCACCAACAGGGAAGAAACGACUAAGGACUGCAAGGGAGAAGCUUCUUUCAAGUGAUUUAUGGGCGGCUCACAUCGAAAGUAUUUGGAAAGAGGUGGAUGGUGGUUAUUUGUUUCGGGGACGUUGGUAUAUAAUUCCUGAAGAAACUGCCCCAGGAAGACAGCCGCAUAAUUUAAGGAGGGAGCUCUAUCGGACCAACGAUUUUGCUGAUAUUGAGAUGGAGUCUCUUAUAAGGCAUUGUUAUGUUAUGAAUCCCAAAGAAUUUGCCAAGGAAAGCAAUGGUGAUGAUGUUUAUUUAUGUGAAUAUGAAUAUGACAUACAUUGGCAUACUUUCAAGCGUAUUGCAGAGAUUGACAAUUGUGAAGGGGAUGAUGAAGAAGCUGACAGUGAUGAAGAUUGGAGUUCUUGCAAGGAUUCUGACUCUGAAACAGAAGACAUGGAACAUGAAGAGAAACGCAGGAAUUUAGUUGCUGGACAAUUCCCCACACAUCAGUUGGCUGCAAACUCGCGAAAGGGUCAAAUCUUUGGACUUCAAAAAGUAGGGACAAAGAAAAUCCCGGAACAUGUGAGAUGCCACAAGCAAACUGAACUUGAAAAGGCAAAAGCAACGCUAUUGUUGGCAACUUUACCCAAAUUUCUUCCUUGUAGAAAUAAAGAAAUGGAAGAGAUAACUGCAUUUAUAAAAGGUGCCAUAUGUGAUCAAUGCCUUGGACGAUGUCUGUAUAUUCAUGGAGUUCCUGGUACUGGCAAGACAAUGAGUGUACUUGCAGUAAUGAGGAGUCUAAGGUCUGAGGUUGAUGCAGGAAGUAUUAACCCUUACUGCUUUGUGGAGAUUAAUGGUCUGAAAUUGGCAUCACCUGAGAACAUUUACAGGGUAAUUUAUGAAGCUUUAAGUGGACACAGGGUUAGUUGGAAAAAGGCUCUCCACUUGCUGAAUGAGCGGUUCUCAAAUAGAAACAAAACUGACAGGGAGGACAAUCGGCCUUGUAUUCUGCUCAUUGAUGAACUUGAUCUUCUUGUAACUCGAAACCAAUCGGUUCUGUAUAACAUUCUUGAUUGGCCUACUAAGCCACAUUCCAAAUUGAUUGUAAUAGGAAUUGCAAAUACUAUGGAUCUUCCGGAGAAGUUGCUUCCCCGUAUUUCAAGCCGUAUGGGCAUACACAGGCUGUGCUUUGGUCCUUAUAAUUAUCAGCAACUUCAAGAAAUCAUUUCAAGUCGUCUAAAAGGAAUUGAUGCAUUUGAAAAACAAGCUAUAGAAUUUGCUUCAAGAAAGGUGGCAGCUAUUUCAGGAGAUGCACGUCGUGCACUGGAGAUAUGUAGGCGUGCCGCUGAACUCACAGAUUAUCAUAAUAAGAAUUCAAAUCCCAAUUCUGCUCCUGCAGGAAAAGCUCUUGUUGGCAUGGUAGAGGUUGAAACUGCCAUACAGGAGAUGUUCCAGGCUCCUCAUAUUCAAGUUAUGAGAAGUUGCUCCAAACUGAGUAAAAUCUUCUUGGCAGCUAUGGUGCAUGAGCUUUAUAAAACAGGAAUGGCCGAAACUACAUUUGAAAAGUUGGCAACGACUGUCUCAUGCCUCUGUGCAAGCAAUAGAGAAGCAUUUCCUGGAUGGGACACGCUUCUGAAAGUUGGAUGGAUUGCUGGUUGCAGUAUGGCUGUAGAAGGGCAAUCACAAUGACAAUCAGAAAUUAGCUGGUUGCGAAUUUUUCACCAAUGUGGG